UAUACUUGCUCCACCAUGGACGCUUUUCGCGAUUCGCGCUCGUAGCUAGCCAUGGCGACCUUGGUGCCCAUCCACUAUGGCAGAAGCAUCCUCCUCCCGAUUGAGCGCGCGCGCGCCCCCGCAAGACGGAGCUUACGUCCUCCGCAAACUGGUAGCAGACCUGCCGCUGUCCGCUGAUGGACAGUCGACCGACGUGCGCAUCACCUGUGUAGAAGUAUGGAACGGCAACCUGUACGUCGGCACCUCCGCCGCAGAGGUCCUCCACUUCGUCCUGCUACCCCCCGAGUCCGAUGAUCCCGCUGAAGAGCCCACCGCUAUAAUCGCCUCGAGGCUGGAGCCCACGUCUAAGGAUGCGGCCCGCGUCGGUGUUCAGCAGAUCCUUCUGCUGCCCAACGUCAACAAGGCCUGUAUUCUCUGCAAUAACACCCUGAGCUUCUACACCCUGCCGGAGCUGAGCCCAGACUCGAGCACGAAGUCCUUCACAUGCUCGUGGGUCGGUGGCCCAGAUCUCAACGCCGAGCACGGCCCAAACGACGAUGGCGUCGUGGUUAUGAUCGGGCUGAAGAGCAAGGUUCGCUUGGUGAAGAUAUCGGAGGAUGGCCCCCCGAAAGGCGUCAAGCUGAUAGCAUAUGGGGGCUGUUUAGUGUCUAUUCGCCGGGACAACUAUUCGUGUGCCGCGGAUUCGCACUCGUAUGCGCUACUAGACUUGGAACAUCAGCAGAAGAUUGGUCUAUUUCCGAUAUCGUCUCUUGAUCCGGAUGCUGGCGAUGUCGGUGGAGCGGCAGAAGAUAUCACUUCGACACAACAAGUGCCUUCAAGGAGCGUUUCAUCCGCGAGCGCACAUCCUCGGGGUGUCCACGAAGAACAACGAGGGCAUGCGAGGAGCACGAGCUUGGGUCUGUUCGCGACGGGUGGUUCUGCAGCUCGUACGGAAAGCCCACGUCCGCCAGGGCAAAGAUACGGAUUUGAUGUGCCGGAGUCACUAUCAAGGGCAAUGUCUCCGGCACCGGCUCCGUCUCCGGGGCGCUCACCUACACGAGAGCAUCCGGAGCGAACGUCGAGCCUUCCGCGGGCUGGAACCCCUUCGCAGGACAAGCCAUUACCUCCCGCCCCAGCCCCAGAAGAGGAUACGGUUCAACAAGAAGAAGAGCCCCAAGCCCCGCCAUUUGUGCCUCUCAGGCCUCACGUCGCGUCACCGUCGCCCAACGAGUUCUUACUCACUGUUGGCACGACGCCUUCAGAACCCGGCGUCGGCAUGUUUGUUAAUCUUGACGGCGAUAUGUGUCGCGGUAGCAUUCAAUUCAGUAGCUAUCCUGACGCUAUCGUUGUGGACGGCAAAGGUAUGGACAUGUCCGCUUCGAUGGAACCAGAUAUAGACGCUGAAGAAGGCUACGUGUUGGCCGUCGUCCAUCAAGAGGAGGAUGGUCGGAUUACAUACGGUGUGGAGAUUCAGCGAUGGGACGUUGACCCUGGAGAAGGAGAAUCCUCCAAAGAGUGGUUGGAUUUGACAUUGUUGGGCAGCGCUUCGGCGGAGAAUGGCCAGCGGGUCACAGUACCGUUGGGCAUGCGCACUGUCGUUGAACCCGCCGACCUAGUACUCCCCGAGAUCGGAGCGAAACUUUCCGUCAAACGCUUGCAAUCCGGAUACUCUGAAGAACCUACUUCUACACCGGAAGCCGGCAAGGGUAAAGCCGUCCAGGACAAGGCGGAUCUCGAGUUUACCGAGCGGUUAUCAAAGCUCCAGACACGGACUGUUCUUUGGGCGGGGAAUCAUAUCUGGUGGACCGUUCGCAACCCUCUCGUGACUCGUCUAGACGCUCAGCUGCAUGACGCACAAUCCACUCCGACUGGUGAUGGGGUGCGCAUCCAACCGAAUAGAGCUUUGCUAGAACGAGUCCUAGGGGAAAUUCGCGGCCAAGAACCUCGCAAUGAGACGGAGUAUCUCAGCCUCAUCUAUAUCCGCCAAAAGGCAUCCAUCCUCCUGUUUAUGGAGUUGAUCCUUCGGAGCAGUACGAACAUUAUCAUCUUUGAAAACGAGAAGCGAAUCACCGAGCAAGCACUCAUAGAGGGAGAGAUCGACCCGCGAGUAGUUGUUUCGCUGCUGCCGAUCCUGAGUAAAGAAGUGGUCGAAGGACCUGAGGGGAUACAAAUAUCUGGAGGAAUCACCACACUCGUGGAGCAAUUCUUGCGGCAGAACGACCUGACGACCAUGCCCGCAGACGUCAAGGGGCCGUUCGGCGACAACCUCUUGAAUGUGGUGAAGAGAUACUUGCUUUUCUGGAAGAGAAGAAAAGGCAUGGCAAGUGUGACAAACGACCCAUAUGUCUAUCAAACCAUCGAUGCUGCCUUGCUGCAUAUCCUCUUGCUGCUCGACCAAGAUAGCCCUAGGGGUCCCGCGACAGCCGCAUCGCUACGUGCAGAGUUGAAUGAGCUUGUGGAUAAUGAGGUAGAGUGCUUUGACCGCGCGGUCGAACUGCUAGAAGAGUUCAAGCGCCUCUAUGUCUUGAGCCGCUUGUACCAGCGAAAUAGCAAGGCUGCCAUGAAGGCCUCUAAGGUGCUGAUUACGUGGAAACGCAUACUCGAGGGUGAGACGGAUGAGGGGGGCGAAUUUAUUGAUGGAGAGAACGAGGUGCGGAAGUACCUCGUCAGAAUUCGCGACCAGUCCUUGGUCGAGGAAUUCGGUUCCUGGCUGGCGAACCGCAACCCGAAGCUCGGUGUGCAGGUAUUUGCGGACGACCAUAGCAGGGUCAAGUUCGAGCCUACACGCGCUGUGGCUCUUCUCAGAGAAAACGCGCCUAGUGCCGUCAAGGAAUACUUGGAGUAUCUUGUCUUUGAGAAAAAGCAAACGCACUACGUGAAUGAGCUCAUUGCAUUCUACCUUGACACCGUCAUCGCCGAGCUUGAAAAAACUCCGCAAUCAAGAGACACGCUUCUACAAACUUACGAAACGUACCGCAUCCUACAUCCGCCUAAACCAACUUACCGUCAGUUCAUCACUGAUAACGGAACUGAUGCCGAAUGGUGGCAAAAUCGACUCCGUCUCCUUCAACUCCUUGGCUCCAAUCAAGCAGCCACCUCUGCCUAUGACGUUCCUUCUAUCCUCUCUCGCCUACAGCCAUACGAACAAGAACUCGUCCCCGAGAUGAUCAUCCUCAACGGCCGACAAGGCCGACACCAAGAAGCUUUGCGCCUGCUCACCCACGGUCUAGGUGACUUCGACACCGCCAUAUCAUACUGCCUCUAUGGCGGGUCCUCCAUCUUCCGUCCCUCCGGCGCCGGCUACGUCCCACAGUCCGAACUCCCCACCAAAGCUGAGCAAUCACACCUUUUCAAAUACCUUCUCCAAGAAUUCCUCCGUCUAGAAGACCUCGCCGAGCGCAUCGAGCAAACGGGGGAAUUGCUGGAAAGGUUCGGUGGCUGGUUUGAUAUUGCGGAUGUGCUUGCGCUAAUACCGGAGGAGUGGAGUGUCGAUGUUUUCUCGGGCUUUUUGAUACAGGCGCUGAGGAGUUUGGUGAGGGAGAAGGCGGAGAGUGAGAUUGUGAAGGCGUUGAGUGAUGCGCAGAAUAGUCAGAUGAGCGCCGAGUUGGUGGAGAAGAGGGAGGGGCUGGGGCCUACGGUUGAGAGGGCUCAUUGAUGGGAUGAGACUUGAGGCAUUAGAGGAGCAUAGGCGUGAAUCUUAGAGGUGGGGAACACCUGACUUGCAAGCCUUCAGUCCUAGUUUCGCUGGUCAUUUGGGCUUUGCAUAGAGACGCUGGCAUGCCUUCGUAGAAUUAUCCCUUAAAUAUACGCACAGUAUGAC